AGCGUGGUCUGGAAACUUUUCUCAUUCUGCGAGCACCGUCUUUACCUUGUUCGAUUUCUCAUUCUGAAAAUUUAAUUUCCACAGUUCUUGAAAGCUCUCACGGUUUCUGAUAAAAAUCGCGGAAUGAGGUAGCGAUUUUCGACUACUCUUCUCGAAGAUGUUGGAGGAUCAGGUGGCGAACCUCUUGCAGAGGUACCUCGGCAACUACGUGAGGGGGCUCAACAAGGAGGCCCUCAAGAUCAGCGUGUGGCAAGGUGAUGUCGAGCUAAAAAAUAUGCAGUUGAAGCCAGAGGCACUCAAUGCAUUAAAAUUGCCAGUGAAGGUUAAGGCAGGAUUUCUUGGAUCAGUGAAACUUAAGGUUCCAUGGAGCAAGCUUGGCCAGGAUCCAGUUUUAGUUUCUUUGGAUCGCAUUUUUCUAUUAGCUGAACCCGAAACCCAAGUUGAAGGAUUUAGCGAGGAUGCUGUGCAGGAAGCUAAGAAGAAUCGAGUGCGGGAAAUGGAAAUGAAGCUGUUGGAGAGGACGCAGCAACUAAAGUCAGAAAUGAAUACAUCAUGGUUGGGAUCCCUGAUCAGCACAAUAAUUGGAAAUUUGAAACUUUCAAUUUCAAAUAUUCACAUCAGAUAUGAGGAUCUUGAGAGCAAUCCUGGCCAUCCGUUUGCAGCAGGCAUAACCUUGGAAAGACUUUCAGCUAUGACAGUUGAUGAAAAUGGAAAGGAAACCUUUGUCACUGGGGGUGCUCUAGACCGUAUUCAGAAGUCUGUUCAACUUGAUCGGCUUGCACUUUAUCUGGAUUCUGAUAUUUCUCCAUGGCAAGUUAACAAGCCAUGGGAGGAUUUGCUUCCAUCAGAGUGGGUCCAGGUUUUUAGAUUUGGCACUAAAUAUGGUAAACCAGCAGAUGGAUUAAUAAAAAAGCACACUUACAUACUGGAACCUGUGUCUGGAAAUGCCAAGUACUCAAAACUACGGCCAAAUGAAUUUGCUGACAGUGGCCAGCCUUUACACAAAGCAGCAGUUAAUUUGGAUGAUGUGACUCUCUGUUUGCCAAAGGAUGGAUACAGGGAUGCACUAAAGUUAGCUGAUAAUUUUGCUGCAUUUAAUCAGCGCUUGAAGUAUGCUCAUUAUCGUCCGCAUGUCUCUGUGAAAUCUGAUCCUCGGUCUUGGUGGAAGUAUGCUUAUAGAGUCGUUUCUGACCAAAUGAAGAAGGCAAGUGGGAGAUUGUCAUGGGAUCAAGUUCUGAAGUACGCAAGCUUACGUAAAAGAUAUAUCUCGCUAUAUGCUUCACUGCUUAAAUCUGAUCCUAGUCGGGCAGUAGUUGAUGACAACCAAGACAUUGAGGAGCUAGAUCGUGGACUUGAUAUUGAACUCAUACUACAGUGGAGGAUGUUGGCUCACAAGUUUGUAGAGCAGUCAUUAGAGUCAGACCUUGACUUGAGGAAACAGAAAGCAAAGAAAUCUUGGUGGUCAAUAGGAUGGGGCAGUCAGUCUCAGAUAGAUGAGAGUGAGCCAUUUAGUUUCAGCGAGGAAGACUGGAAGCAGUUAAAUAACAUCAUUGGGUAUAAGGAAAGUGAUGAUAGGCUGUCGGUUGUAAUUAAUGACAAGGCGGAAGCUCUUCAGACUUCCUUGAGCAUUUGUAUGAAACAUAAUGCUACUAAGCUCAUUGAUGAGUCCCAGGAGUGUCUUGCUGAAUUAUCAUGUGAAGGCCUGGAUUGCUUUAUAAAGCUUUAUCCAGAGACAAAAGUUUUCAACGUAAAAUUGGGAUCAUAUAAGUUAUCAACACCGAAUGGUCUCCUUGCUGAGAGUGCAAGUGCGCAUGAUUCUUUAGUUGGCACAUUCUGUUUUAAGCCUUUUGAUGCAAAUGUGGACUGGAGCUUGGUUGCUAAAGCUUCUCCUUGUUAUGUGACUUAUCUAAAGGACGUUAUCGGUCAAAUUAUAAAAUUCUUCCGAAGUAAUACAGCUGUUAGUCAGACGAUAGCAUUGGAAACCGCAGCUGCAAUGCAGAUGACAAUCAAUGGAGUCAAGCGCACAGCUCAGCAACAAGUGAACAGAGCAUUGAAAGACCAUUCCAGGUUUUUGCUGGAUUUGGACAUUGCGGCUCCGAAGAUUACAAUUCCUACUGAUUUUUGUCCCGACAACACACAUCCAACAAAACUCAUGCUUGACUUGGGAAAUUUGGUUAUUGGAACCAAGGAUGACUAUGGAGGUGGAUCCCCGGAGGAGCUAGAUCUGUAUCUGCAGUUUAAUUUGGUUUUAAGAGAUGUAUCUGCUUUUCUGGUUGAUGGUGACUACUGUUGGAGCCAAUCUCCUUCAAACAAUUCUGCUGGUUGUGCUAAAUUAAAUGGUGUUAGUUUGUUGCCUUUAUUCGAUAAAUGUGGGGUAACUGUAAAGCUUCAACAGAUUAGAUUAGAGAGCCCAUCCUACCCUUCAACAAGAGUCGCUGUACGGCUACCAUCAUUAGGGUUCCACUUCUCUCCAGCUCGGUAUCAUCGAUUGAUGCAAAUUGCUAAGAUUUUUGAAGAGGAUAGUGAGGACUCGGAUCUCCUUUGCGCUUGGAAUGAGCCUGACUUCGAGGGGUGGUUGUCUCUUCUUGCUUGGAAGGGUCUCGGGAAUAGGGAAGCGGUGUGGCAGCGGCGCUACCUAUGCUUAGUUGGGCCUUUCCUUUAUGUACUUGAGAACCCUAGCUCUAAAUCGUACAAACAGUGUAUCAGCUUAAGUGGAAAACACAUAUAUCAAGUUCCCCCAGAGUCUGUUGGUGGUGCUGAUCUUGUGUUGGCUGUCUGUGAUGCUGCACGAGCGAAUAGCAAGGUUGUGGAGGAUGCAAAUGCACUAAUAGUGCAAUGUGAUUCUGAUGAUUCGAAGAAAAUUUGGCAGAGCCGGUUGAAGGGGGCUGUCUAUCGUGCAUCGGGUUCUGCUCCUGUAACUAGUCUAUCUGAAACUUCAUCUGAGUCCGAGGAUUCUAUAGUGAAGCUUAAUGACAAAGAUGAUGUGGUUGAUUUAUCGAAAAUGGAGAGAGCAUUUAUUACUGGUGUUCUUGAUGAACUAAAGGUCUGCUUCAGUUAUAGUUACCAGCACGACCAGAAUUUUAUGAAAGUGCUCCUAACUGAAGAAAGGCGUUUAUUUGAAUUUCGAGCAAUAGGUGGCCAGGUUGAGGUAUCGGUUAGAUCAAGUGACCUGUUCAUUGGAACUGUUUUAAAAUCUUUGGAGAUUGAAGACUUAGUUUCUGGCAAUAGCAUGUCUCAGCCUCGCUAUCUGGCAAGAUCGUUCAUCCGUAAUGCAGAAACACGUUUAACCUCUGGUGCCACAGAGAAUCAGAGUUUUGAUGGCAGUGAACUAACCCCGACUGAAGGAGAUGAAUUCUACGAGGCACCAGAAAAUUUGGUUGACCCUGAAAGUUUAUUGUUGAAAUCUCCUCGGUUUACUCGUAUUCCUGGUCUACUCCCGGUUAAUGAACUUGAAGAAAGUAAGGAGAACAUUGAACUCAAUGGUUCAUUGGAUAGUUUUGUGAAAGCUCAAAUAGUUAGAUAUGACCAAAGCUCUCCUCUAUACCAUAAUAUAGACAUGCAGGUCUCAGUCACCCUGACUACCCUAUCAUUUUUCUGUCGGCGACCAACAAUUCUUGCCAUCAUGGAAUUUGUUAAUUCUAUUAACAUUAAGGAUGAAAGCUGUGAAUCUUUCAGUGACAGUUCUUCGGCAGCUAUUGUGAAACAGGAACUCUCCAGAGAUGAUGCAGUUGGUAGUCCACGAUCAGUGACAAUCAAUGAUUCUUCAAUUAAAGGAUUGCUGGGGAAGGGAAAGUCCAGAGUGGUUUUUAAUAUAACAUUAAAUAUGGCUCGCGCUCAGAUUAUAUUAAUGAAUGAAGAUGAAACCAAACUUGCUACUUUGUCACAAGAUAAUUUGGUUACCGAUAUUAAGGUGUUCCCAUCCUCUUUUAGUAUUAAGGCAGCCCUUGGAAAUCUUAAAAUAAGUGAUGAGAGUCUUCCUAGCAGCCAUAUGUACUUCUGGGCAUGUGAUAUGAGAAAUCCAGGCGGCAGUUCAUUUGUUGAGUUGGUUUUUACUUCAUUUAACGUUGAUGAUGAAGACUACGAAGGCUAUGAGUAUAGCCUUUAUGGGCAGCUUUCAGAAGUACGCAUUGUUUAUUUGAAUCGAUUUAUCCAGGAGGUGGCUAGUUACUUCAUGGGUCUUGUUCCCAACAAUUCAAAAGGUGUCGUCAAGCUAAAAGAUCAAGUAACAAAUUCAGAAAAGAUGUUUACAACUAGUGACUUCGAAGGAUCACCUGCCCUAAAGUUGGAUGUCUCCCUUAGGAAGCCUAUUAUUUUGAUGCCUCGGAGAACUGACAGUCUUGACUACUUGAAGCUUGAUAUUGUUCAUAUUACUGUCCGAAACACUUUUAAAUGGUUUGGUGGAAGUAGAAGUGAAAUUAAUGCUGUUCAUAUGGAAGUAUUAACAGUUCAGGUUGAGGACAUCAAUCUAAAUGUUGGCACUAAAGGUGAGUUAGGUGAAAGCAUAAUUCAAGAUGUGAAUGGAGUUUCGGUUGUGAUUCAAAGGUCACUUCGAGACUUGUUGCAUCAAAUACCAAGUAUUGAGGUUAUAAUCAAGAUGGAGAAAUUGAAAGCAGCUUUGUCAAACAAGGAAUAUCAGAUUAUCACGGAUUGUGCACAGUCUAAUAUUUCUGAAACUCCACGUAUUAUACCCCCAUUGAACCAUAAUUCUAUGACAUCUUCAGUUGAUGUUGAAGAAGACAUCACUCCUCAGGAACCAGAUGGUAUUGAAUCCCAAAGUGCAAGUGGGGGAGCCUGGGUUAUGAUGAAAGUCUCUGUUGUUAUCGAUUUGGUUGAAUUGUGCUUACAUGCUGGUGUAGCAAGAGAUGCAUCUCUGGCCACUGUGCAGAUUAGCGGUGCAUGGUUGCUGUACAAGUCAAAUACACUAGGAGAAGGCUUCCUCUCAGCAACGCUAAAGGGUUUCACUGUGUUUGAUGAUCGUGAGGGUACUGAACCAGAGUUUAGGUUGGCAAUAGGAAAGCCUGAGUAUGUUGGUUCAUAUCCUCUAGAUUUUGUUGCUCAUGAUGACCAUCACAUCUCCGGUGCAAAUGUUACAAAAGGGAAUGAUGUCAAAUUAGUUCCUACAAUGCUCAUUCUUGAUGCAAAAUUUUGUCAGCUGUCAACAGUUGUUUCUUUGUGCAUCCAAAGGCCACAACUGCUCGUUGCACUUGAUUUUCUGCUGGGUGUUGUUGAGUUUUUUGUUCCUACCAUCGGCAAUGUGCAGUCAAAUGAAGAACUACAGAACUCUGUCCAUGGAAUUGAUGCAGUAAUUUUGGACCAAUCAACUUACAAGCAACCCUCUACCGAAUUCUCUCUUUCUCCUCUAAGACCUUUAAUAGUUGACGAUGAAAGGCAUGAUCAUUUUGUUUAUGAUGGCAAUGCUGGGACACUGUAUUUGAAAGAUAGGCAGGGAUUUAAUCUCUCAGGGCCUAGUACAGAGGCUAUAAUAUAUGUAGGAGAUGGGAAAAGAUUGCAAUUCAAAAAUGUUGUUAUCAUGAAUGGACUGUACUUAGAUUCAUGCAUUUCUAUGGGAACCAACAGUAGCUAUUCAGCUUUGAAGGAAGAUCAGGUCUACUUCGUGGGAGGGAAUGAAGUUCCUAAUUUGAAUUCCCCAACAGAAAGUGUCAAUAAUGUGCCAUCUCAAAGUAUUGCCGUCGACAGGUCGACAGAGUUUAUUAUUGAGUUGCAGUUGGUUGGCCCAGAGCUGACAUUCUAUAAUACGUCUGAAGAUGUUGGGGAAUCCCUUGUGCUCUCCAACCAACUUUUACAUGCACAGUUGGAUGGAUUCUGCAGGCUUGUUUUGAAGGGUGAUACCAUUGAGAUGAAUGCAAAUGUACUUGGUUUAACAAUGGAGAGUAAUGGAUUCACGAUUCUGGAGCCUUUUGACACCUCUGUGAAAUAUUCCAAUGCUUCUGGAAAGACCAAUAUUCAUCUAAGUGCUUCAGAUGUAUUUAUGAAUUUCUCAUUCAGCAUCCUUAGACUGUUUUUAGCUGUUGAAGAUGAUAUCUUGGCAUUUUUAAGGACAACAUCAAAGAAAAUGACAGUGGUCUGCUCACAGUUCGACAAAAUUGGAACAAUAAAAAAUCCCCACAAUGACCAAACAUAUGCCUUCUGGAGGCCUCAUGCACCUCCUGGUUUUGCUGUUCUUGGGGAUUAUCUGACACCAUUGGACAAGCCACCUACAAAAGCAGUUCUUGCUAUAAAUACCAAUUUUUCUAGAGUCAAGAAACCCAUAUCUUUUAAACUGAUUUGGCCACCUUUACCUUCCGAGGGCUCAUCUGUUCAUGGUGUAAAUGAUUCCGAUUCUUUACCAAAUGACAUCCUUUCUGACGGAGAUAGUUGUUCCAUUUGGUUUCCUGAAGCGCCUAAUGGAUAUGUUGCAUUGGGCUGUGUGGUUUCCCCAGGAAGAACACAUCCACCACUGUCAGCUGCUUUUUGUAUCUUGGCUUCUUUGGUUUCUUCUUGUUCCUUAAGGGAUUGCAUUGCAAUCAGCACCACAAAUCUAUAUCCGUCAAGUGUAGCAUUCUGGCGUGUGGAUAACUCUGUUGGCACCUUUUUGCCAGCAGAUCCUAGUACUUCUACUGUAAUGGGUACAGCAUAUGAUUUGCGUCACGUGAUAUUUGGAUUGCCAGAAGGAUCUGUAAAGUCAUCUAAUCAUUUGGAUGUGCAAGCUUCUUCUGCUCAGAGUCACAACCUCCAAUCAGAAGUAUCAUCAUCUGUAAAUUCUGCUCGGCGUUAUGAAGCUGUAGCUAGUUUCCGAUUGAUAUGGUGGAAUCAGAGCUCUAACUCAAGGAAGAAACUGUCCAUAUGGCGUCCAGUUGUCCCUCAUGGGAUGGUAUAUUUUGGUGAUAUUGCAGUCGAAGGGUAUGAGCCUCCAAAUAACUGCAUUGUUCUUCAUGAUACUGGAGACGAAGGGAUCUUCAAAGCCCCUCUUGAUUUCCAACUUGUUGGGCAAAUUAAGAAACAGAGGGGAAUGGAGAGUAUAUCUUUCUGGCUUCCUCAAGCUCCUCCAGGUUUUGUUGCUCUUGGUUGCAUAGCAUGUAAGGGAACACCAAAACAGAGUGAUUUCAGCUCAUUAAGAUGCAUGCGCAGUGAUAUGGUAGCUGGGGAUCAAUUUUUGGAAGAAAGUGUAUGGGAUACAUCUGAUGCCAAGCUUACAAGAGAUUCGUUUAGUAUAUGGGCAGUUGGCAAUGAGUUGGGGACCUUUAUAGUUCGUGGUGGAUUCAAGAAACCUCCAAGAAGGUUUGCUUUAAAGUUGGCUGACUCACAUGUACGAAGUGGCUCAGAUGAUACUGUAAUUGAUGCAGAAUUUAGAACUUUUUCUGCAGCACUUUUUGAUGACUACGGUGGCUUGAUGGUUCCAUUGUUUAAUGUCUCUUUAAGUGGAAUUGGGUUCAGUUUGCAUGGAAGAACAGAAUACUUAAAUUCUACUGUGAGCUUCUCUUUGGCUGCUAGAUCAUAUAACGAUAAGUAUGAAAUUUGGGAGCCUCUUGUUGAGCCAAUGGAUGGAUUCUUAAGGUAUCAAUAUGAUCCCAGUGCUCCAACUGCAGCUUCCCAGUUACGUCUUACCUCUACUAGGGAACUGAACUUGAACGUUUCUGUGUCUAAUGCUAAUAUGAUAAUUCAAGCUUAUGCAAGCUGGAACAGUCUCAUUCAUGUUAAUGAAUAUCAUAGAAAAAGAGAAGCAUCCUCUCCAACAGAUGGUGGAGUAUCUGUUAUUGACGUCCAUCACAGGAGAAAUUACUAUAUAAUUCCACAAAACAAACUUGGUCAGGAUAUCUAUAUUCGAGCUACUGAAUUAAGGGGACUUGCAAACAUAAUUAAGAUGCCAUCUGGGGAUAUGAGGCCUCUAAAAGUUCCUGUUUCCAAGAAUAUGUUGGACUCUCACUUGAAGGGAAAACUUUUCCGUAAAGUUAGAAGAAUGGUGACUCUUAUCAUAGUGGAUGGGCAGUUCCCACAGGGUAGAGGGUUGACAUCCCCCCAGUAUACCAUAGCAAUCCGCCUCAGUCCUGACCUGAGUCUCCCUAGUGAAUCACUGAGCCAUCAACAAAGUGCACGUACUUGUGGAAGUAGCUCGGAACACUUAUCUUCAGAGCUUGAGUUGGUCAAGUGGAAUGAAAUUUUUUUCUUUAAAGUUGAUGAUCCAGAUUACUACUCAGUGGAAUUAAUUGUCACGGAGCUGGGGAAAGGGGUCCCUCUUGGAUUCUUUUCAGCCCCUCUAAAGCAGAUUGUAGGGAAUAUCCAUGAUGAUUCAUACGCAUAUGAUAGUGUGAACAAAUGGACCUGGGUUGAAUUAUCCUCCCCAAAUUCUACGGGAAAUAACGGUGAAAAGUCGAGUGGUAGAAUCAGAUGUGCUGUGCUCUUGUCACCAAGAUCUGAAGCUGAGAUAAGUGAUCAAUCAGAUAACAGUAACAGAAAAUCUGGAUUUAUUCAGAUCAGUCCAAGCAGGGAAGGACCUUGGACUACUGUGAGGUUGAACUAUGCUGCACCAGCUGCCUGUUGGCGGUUAGGGAAUGAUGUUGUUGCUAGUGAAGUACAUGUGAAGGAUGGCAACCGAUAUGUCAAUAUUAGGUCUCUUGUUUCGGUACGUAACAGUACGGAUUUUGUGCUUGAUUUGUGCCUUGCAUCAAAAAUUUCCAUGGAAGAGACGACGUCAACAAAUAAUGAAGGUACCCCUGAAGGUUUACAAAUUCACAGCAAUAAACUUCGGACUGAUGAGUUCUUUGAAACUGAAAAAUACAGCCCAGGCACUGGCUGGAUUGGCUGCAUGGUUCAACCAAGCCAAGAUAUCUUCGAAAGUGGAGGAUCUCAUCAGGGAAUUCCUGCUGUUGAGUUACCACCAGGCUGGGAAUGGGUUGAUGAUUGGCAUUUGGAUAUGGCAUCUGUUAACACUGCUGACAGUUGUGUUUAUGCUCCAGAUGUUGAUAGUUUAAAACGGCCAGAGUCAUUUGAUCCCUUAAGGCAAAGGAGAUGGAUCAGGAAUAGAAAACAAAAUGUUACAAAUCAAGAAAUACAUAUUGGACUUUUGAAACCUGGAGAUACGAUAUCCCUUCCCCUAUCUGGGUUAGCACAACCUGGAAUGUAUGUCUUGCGUUUAAGGCCGUCCAAUCUCAGCAAUCCUAUUGAAUAUUCUUGGAGUUCAGUGGUGGAUGGGUCUGAAAAAGCAGAGGAUUCUAGUAAGUCAAAACUAUGUUCCGGGAUAAGUGUGUCAUCUCUCACUGAGUCAGAGGAACUGUUGUAUUGCACCCAGAUAAGUGGUACUUCUUCAAGUGUUCUGCAUAAGUUGUGGUUUUGUAUGAGUGUACAAGCAACAGAUAUUGCAAAAGACAUUCGUUCUGAUCCUAUCCAGGAUUGGAAUCUUGUAAUCAAGUCCCCGUUAUGCAUCUCCAAUUUUAUUCCACUUGCUGCGGAAUUUUCUGUUCUUGAGAUGCAAGAAAGUGGUAACUUUGUUGACUGCUCCAGAGGAGUGUUUUUUCCAGGAAAAACUGUCGAUGUUUAUAAUGCUGACAUAAGAAAGCCUUUGUUCUUUUCACUGCUUCCACAAAGAGGGUGGCUGCCCAUACAUGAGGCUGUUCUUUUAUCACAUCCUCAUGAAGUUCCGUCAAAAACCAUAAGUUUGAGAAGUUCGAUAUCUGGAAGGAUUGUUCAAAUCAUUCUUGAACAGAAUUCUAACCAAGAACGACCACUGCAGGCUAAGCUCGUUAGAGUCUAUGCUCCUUACUGGUAUUCAAUUGCUAGGUGUCCCCCUCUCACAUUUAGGCUUCUAGAUAUAAAAGGAAAGAAACAUACACGCAAGGUUGGUGGUCCACUUGAAUCUAAAAAGAACAAUGAAGCUAUCCUAGAGGAAAUAACUGAAGAGGAAAUAUAUGAAGGCCAUACAAUUGCUUCAGCUUUGACCUUUAAAAUGUUGGGCCUUGCGGUGUCCAUUGAUCAAUCUGGCACGGAGCAGUUUGGACCUGUUAAAGAUCUUUCUCCCCUUGGUGACAUGGAUGGGUCACUGGAUCUCUAUGCUUAUGAUGGUGAAGGCAAUUGCAUGAGUCUUUUUAUUACAACAAAACCAUGCCUAUAUCAAUCUGUUCCCACAAAGGUAAUUUCUGUGCGACCAUAUAUGACUUUUACCAACAGACUUGGUCAGGACAUAUAUAUUAAGUUGUGCAGUGAGGAUGAACCAAAGGUCCUUCGAGCAACUGAUUCAAGAGUCUCAUUUGUACAUCGUAAAUCAGACGGACCUGAUAAACUUCAGGUUCGAUUAGAAGACACCGACUGGUCUUUUCCUGUUCAAAUUGUAAAGGAGGACACCAUAUCUCUUGUUUUGAGGAAGCAUCCUGGUACUAGGACAUUUUUGAGAACAGAAAUUCGGGGCUAUGAAGAAGGCUCACGUUUCAUCGUUGUGUUCCGCCUUGGAUCAACCAAUGGUCCUAUCAGAAUCGAGAACAGAACAGACAGCAAAACAAUUAGCAUUCGUCAAUCGGGUUUUGGUGAAGAUGCCUGGAUUACCAUAGCACCUCUUUUGACAACAAAUUUUUCAUGGGAGGAUCCUUAUGGCCAAAAAUUCAUACAAGCUAAGGUUGACAGUGAGCUCGAAAUUGGACCUUGGGAACUCGAUUUGGAAAGGACUGGGAUAUGUUAUGCAGAGGAGGGACUUGGAUUACAAUUUCAUGUUAUAGAAACCAGUGAUAUCAAGGUAGCAAGGUUCACAAACGCCACAACUUCAGGGACAAGUUCACAUCAGCAACUUGCUGGAAAUUGGGGGCAUUCCCACAUGCCAAACACCAUUCAAAAUAAUGGUGCCACACCUGUUGAGCUUAUAAUUGAGUUUGGAGUUGUAGGGGUCUCUAUUAUAGACCAUAGACCAAAAGAGGUGUCCUACUUGUAUUUUGAGAGAGUCUUCGUAUCAUAUUCAACUGGUUAUGAUGGUGGGACAACGGCCAGGUUCAAGCUCAUAUUGGGCCAUCUGCAGUUGGACAACCAGCUUCCUCUAACAUUGAUGCCAGUAUUGUUGGCUCCUGAAAUGAACUCUGCCUUGCAUCAUCCAGUGUUCAAGAUGACAAUAACAAUGCGUAAUGAAAAUAUUGAUGGUAUCCAGGUGUACCCUUAUGUUUAUAUACGGGUAACCGAGAAGUGUUGGAGGCUUAAUAUUCAUGAACCAAUAAUUUGGGCAUUGGUGGAUUUCUACAAUAAUCUACAGUUAGAUCGUGUACCUAAAAGUUCUAGUGUCACAGAAGUUGAUCCUGAAUUACGCAUUGACCUAAUAGAUGUUUCAGAAGUUAGGCUGAAGGUCGCAUUGGAAACAGCGCCGGCUGAAAGACCUCAUGGGGUUCUAGGGGUGUGGAGUCCAAUACUAUCAGCUGUCGGAAAUGCGUUCAAGAUUCAGGUGCAUCUUAGAAGGGUGAUGCAUCGAGACAGAUUCAUGCGGAAGAGUUCCAUUGUUUCUGCCAUUGGUAACCGUAUUUGGAGAGAUCUGAUCCAUAAUCCUUUACAUUUGAUAUUUGCGGUUGAUGUACUUGGUAUGACAAGUUCAACUUUGGCAUCUCUUAGUAAAGGGUUUGCAGAGUUGUCAACUGAUGGACAAUUUAUGCAACUACGUUCGAAGCAGGUAUCAUCAAGGAGAAUAACUGGGGUGGGUGAUGGAAUUAUGCAAGGUACAGAAGCACUUGUGCAAGGUGUUGCUUUUGGGGUGUCUGGAGUAGUGAAAAAACCUGUAGAGAGUGCUAGACAGAAUGGGUUUUUAGGACUUGUUCAUGGGCUUGGACGUGCUUUCGUGGGAGUGAUAGUGCAACCAGUCAGUGGGGCAUUGGACUUCUUCUCAUUGACUGUUGAUGGAAUUGGAGCAAGUUGUUCCAAAUGCUUAGAGGUUUUUAAUAGCAAAACAACCUUCCAGAGAAUUAGAAAUCCCCGAGCUUUCCGGGCCGAUGCUGUACUCAGAGAGUAUUGUGAGAGAGAAGCUGUUGGGCAGAUGAUUUUAUACCUUGCAGAAGCACAUCGGCAUUUUGGUUGUACUGAAAUAUUCAAGGAGCCCUCAAAGUUUGCUUGGUCUGAUUAUUAUGAAGAUCAUUUUGUUGUGCCUUACCAACGAAUUGUUUUAGUGACCAAUAAGCGAGUCAUGCUGCUUCAGUGUUUGGCUCCAGACAAAAUGGAUAAGAAACCUUGCAAGAUCAUGUGGGAUGUACCUUGGGAAGAGCUUAUGGCCGUGGAGUUGGCAAAAGCAGGCUGCAAUCAGCCAUCUCACUUGAUCCUCCACCUCAAAAAUUUUAGGAGAUCAGAAAAUUUUGUACGGGUUAUAAAGUGCAGUGUUGAAGAAGAAACUGAGAGACGAGAACCCCAAGCUGUUAAGAUCUGUUCUGUAGUACGCAAGAUGUGGAAAGCAUAUCAGUCUGACAUGAAAAGCAUAAUUCUGAAGGUUCCAUCAAGCCAGCGACAUGUGUACUUUUCCUGGUCUGAAGCUGAUGGGAGAGAAUAUCGUUUACCGAACAAGGCCAUUACCAGGCUGAGAGAGCUCCCAUCAGACGGUUCUGCAUUGGAUGGUAGGAGAUUUGUUAAACACAGUAUUAACUUUUCUAAGAUUUGGAGCAGUGAACAAGAAUCCAGAGGCCGAUGCACAUUGUGCAGAAAGCAGGUUUCGGGAGAUGGUGGAAUCUGUAGCAUUUGGAGACCCAUUUGUCCAGACGGGUAUGUCUCCAUUGGUGAUAUUGCUCACAUUGGCAGCCAUCCUCCAAACGUUGCCGCAGUUUACCGUAAGAUUGCCAGAUUGUUUGCACCUCCAGUUGGUUAUGACCUGGUAUGGAGGAACUGCAUGGAUGACUACACAACACCGAUAUCGAUUUGGUAUCCUCGGGCUCCAGAGGGAUAUGUAUCUCCUGGAUGCAUUGCGGUGGCUAGAUUUGUUGAACCUGAACUUGAUGUAGUGUACUGCAUAGCUGAAUCACUUGCUGAAGAGACGGAAUUUGAAGAGCAGAAGGUUUGGUCGGCUCCAGAUUCUUACCCGUGGGCGUGCCACAUUUAUCAAGUCCACAGCGAUGCUCUUCACUUUGUGGCUCUAAGACAAGCUAAGGAAGAAUCUGACUGGAAACCUAUGAGGGUUCUUGAUGAUCCUCAGCCUCUAUUGGACUCACUAGAAGAGACCUGAAAUGUGGGUUUAUAUUGUAAGGCCUUUCCAAAUUUUGCUAGUUAAAUUUCAACCAAAAAGAAAAGAAAAAAAAAGGGCUUGAUCAUAUGUCAAAUUCUGAGUGUAUAGUACUGUAUAGCAUGUCUUCUCUCUUGUUAUGGAUUUUUAUGCAAUUUGCAUCUGAUAGUUGAGGCAGCUUGUAUCACUAUGAUGUCUCUCUAUAAUCCAUUAGAAGAGUUAUUAGAGGGAGAAAGUUCUGUCAGUGUAAAAACCACAAGAGCAAAUACAAUUCCUUCCAAUAUUCAGUAAUACUUUUCUUGAUUA